AUGCUUCCGACGCUCGUACGAACAGCGCGCUAUCCAGUCCGCGCUGCUCGCUCCCUCACGCGCUCAACUGCUCGUGCGCUGUCUGUACCCGUGCGUAACCCGCUACACGCUUCAUGGACUGAUGAGGACAAGACCUUUUUCCAGCAGCUCCUCAAGCCUGAGAGCGUGCUCACUGCUGCGGACGACACUGAAGCGUAUACGGUGGACUGGCUCAAGAAGUAUCGAGCCAAAGGGAUCCAUCAAAUGGUGCUGAAACCCAAGUCCACAGCACAUGUUGCUGCAAUCCUCAAGUACUGUAACGACCGGAACUUGCCCGUGGUGCCACAGGGAGGCAACACGGGCCUUGUGGGUGGCAGCGUGCCAGUGUUUGACGAGAUUGUGCUCUCGAUGAGCUCAAUGAACAACGUGAUUGCGUUCGACAACGUGUCGGGUAUCUUGUCGUGUGAAGCUGGUUGUAUUCUGGAGAACUUGGACAACUACGUGGCCACUUUCGGCUACAUGAUGCCGCUGGAUCUGGGGGCAAAAGGGACGUGCCAAAUUGGUGGCAAUGUCGCAACAAACGCCGGUGGACUUCGGCUGUUGAGGUACGGAUCUCUUCACGGCACAGUGCUCGGCGUUGAGGCAGUAUUGGCUGAUGGCACCGUCUAUGACGGGUUGAGCACAAUGCGCAAAGACAAUACAGGCUACGACCUGAAGCAGCUGUUCAUUGGAUCGGAAGGCACGCUAGGCGUGGUGACCAAGGUAUCGAUUUUGACACCCCCACGUUCUUUGUGCAAGAAUGUUGCUUUGUUGGCGUGCACCGAUUUUGAGGCUUGCCAGAAGGCGUUUGUGGAGGCGAAGAAAAAGCUGGGUGAGGUUCUUUCGGCGGUGGAGUUCAUGGACCGUCAGUCGCUUGACAUGGUCCUGUCACAGCAGGACUGGACGAAGGAUCCGCUAGAGACGCCGAGUCCGUUUUACGUUCUGAUUGAGACGUCGGGCAGCAAUUGUGAUCACGAUAUGGAGAAGCUGGAGGCAUACCUCGAGGACGUAAUGGGUUCGGGUGUUGUUGUCGAUGGCACGGUUGCUCAGGAUGAGGCACAGGCGCAAAAGCUGCUUAUGCUGCGCGAAGACAUUUCGAUGUCUCUCAGCUCUCGUGGUUAUGUGUACAAGUACGACAUUUCACUGCCAAUGGAUCAGUAUUAUCAGAUUGUGGAGGAGGUUCGUGAGAGAAUGGCACCUCUAGGUGCUGAGGUGGUCGGAUUCGGUCACAUGGGUGACUGCAACCUGCACUUGAACAUCUCUACACUCGAUUAUGACGAAAAGGUGUUCAGUGCGCUGGAGCCGUAUGUGUUUGAGUGGACGUCCAAGUAUCGUGGAAGCAUCAGUUCGGAGCACGGCAUUGGCACUCACAAGCCAUCGUAUCUCCACCUGUCCAAGUCCAACAGCUCCAUCAAUCUCAUGAAGCGGAUGAAAAGCAUGAUGGAUCCUAAGGGGAUCCUCAACCCGUACAAGGUUCUUCCAGUGAGCGAAAAGAACGGCGCUGUUCUUCUAUAA